AUGUCGACUUUGUUUCCUGGUGUUGCUGUUAUCACCGGUGCGGCCGGCACGGGCAUUGGUGCAGGUGUCUCGAAAGCCUUUGCCCGGGCAGGCUGCCGACGAAUCGCCAUUACCGACCUCAAUGCGACGCUGUUGAAGGAUACGGAAACGGCCAUCCUGACCAGCUACCCGGACACUCAGGUCCUGGCAGUGGCAGGUGACGUUUCAGAUGCCGAGUUCGUCGAGAAAUUCACGCAACUUGUCGUGGGCACUUUCGGCCGAAUCGACUAUGCGGUCAACUGUGCUGGGAUCAUGGGCAACAACCAGCGGUCCGACGAGACUUCGAUCCAGGAUUUCGACCAGAUUAACAACGUCAAUUACCGCGGAUGCUGGCUGUGUUCGCGCGCUCAAUUGAAACUCAUGCUGCAGCAAGAACCGCUGCCGGCGCACGAUCCUGAGCGACCUCCACAGCGAGGCUCGAUCGUCAACAUUGCCAGCCAACUUGCACUUGUGGGCAGGCCUUGUGCACCCGCGUAUUCGGGAUCCAAGGCAGCCGUCAUUGCAAUGACUCGAGCCGAUGCCAUCGACUACUCGGCGGACAACAUCCGCAUCAACUGCAUCUGCCCUGGCAUCAUCGAAACCCCCAUGACUAUCUGCGACGAGGAGCGUAUCCGUCUUCUGAAGCCGGCGGUUGACAUUGCACCGAUGCGACGGAUGGGGAAGGUGGAUGAAGUUGCCGACUGCGCCUUGUUUCUGUGCUCUACCCAGGCAUCUUUUGUGCAAGGCCACGCUAUGGUGGUAGACGGAGGCUAUAUUAUCAAUUAG